UGUGGUGUUGAGCUCGGCUGUGCUCGUGACUAUUGGGGUGAGUGGAACAAGUCGCUGUUUGUCCUGAUCAGAGGUUAUAGACUAUAGAGCGCCAAAGCAGGCUGGCAGACGACCAGACGGCUAGUCGAGCGGGCAGGCAGACAGGCUCGAAGAGUGAGAGAAAAGGCUCUCCCGUAACGGCUUCCGCACUACUGCCAGUCUGCUCUCUGCUGUUAGUUGGAUUGCUGGACCGUUGCUUGUUGUCGAGAUCGCAGCGUUCGCUCCACUCCCGUCGCUUCUGCUACUGCUGCUUUUCCCACUCGUCAUACUAGUGUUAGUAAUAAUUGUGCUGGUGUCUGCUCUCACUCGGUGCUUCCCAAGCCUUCGAUGAACCGCGGGGCAGCGGUGCCUGCAACACCACUACCGAAGCGCCAGUUUACGAACAGACCGAUAGCAAAGCGAAAGCGGACCACGACAUAGCACCGCGUUGAUAUCGUCGAGCUGAGCUGAGCCGAGUUGACGAUUACCCCACCCCUCCCUCCCUACCCCGCCCCAGAGAGAAAAUCGUCGUCCUCUACCGUCCGUCACCUGCUGCUGGUUCCGUUGUUGUUCGGAUAAAAACGUCCAUCCGAGGCUCUGCCUAAAGGAAGAAAACAAAUCAAAAUCCGUACCAAACUCUUACAGAUAUCUUAUUGGUGCUCUGCGACUGUUGGAAACUCGAAUCGCAACGAUUCAAGCGGCCUUUGCGCCGGGUCAGCGAAAGAUGAUGGCGUUAGCGCUGAGGCGUCGCCGACGACGCGUCAAGUGACCACAGUGGACACCAAAUGUCUUUCUCGAGGAGGUAGGAAACAGCUAAUAACGGUUUCAUUUGGCAGUAAGAGUGGCACUAAUAACUGGCAGCGUUACUUCGUUAGCAAACUCGUGUCGCCGUUACGAAGUAACUUUUUGCGUAUAUCUGUUCACGUAUGAUGUUUGCCGAGAGCUAUAGUGUUGAUGUACAUCUGCUAAACAUCUCUCUGGGCAGUAGUGUUCCGUGAUGCGGUACUCAUGGCGCUAGGUGCGUGAUGGUAAUGUUAGCAGUUCUUCAGAUGCGUGCACCCUGUACGGGGUUAUGAGAAAGCGUGCGGUUUUUGCCCGUUUGCUCUUAUAGCUAUGCAUUUAUUGGUAUGUAUUCUGUGCUCGCUAUAUACUUACUGUGGGUCGUGAACUAACCGCGUCUUCGGGAAAUACCACAACACUACGUGAGCGUGAGCUCGUCGUAGGAAAGUGGCCGCAAGGUAGAGCCAUUCGUAGGAGAGACGACGGGGAACAGUACCGGCCGACGGUAGACGAACAAAAAAAAGAUCGAUGCGUGCGUCUGUUUGUGUGUGAAUUGUGUUCAAAGUUUAUUAUCCGUCUGAUGUUCCCUUCUGUAUUGCAGCCGCUAAUCAACGAGGCAGAUCCUUAUUCUCUGUUUGCGGCUGCGUAGCGUAAGACAAUUUUUCAACGAGAUCUUCCUUAAGGUACAUAUUGUUUACGUGCACAUAUGUUCUACUGUCUUACUUAUCGUAUAUUGAUUAUUGCGCCUCAGAAGCUAACUUGUCGUUGCUGAUGGUAGUGAUAACGGCGGCUGGGUAGCUGGUGUCUUCGUUCUCCCUAUCGUCGACAUCGAUUGCUUUGUGUGCUGAUUUCAUUCAUUCUAAGAAGAAAGAUGUCGCCUGCUAUGGGCUUCACCGCUCCGUUGAUACCGCUACUAGUCUAAUUCUGCCCAGCUUCUACUUACGGCCUUGGAUGUUUGGAGGUUUGGUUGAUUCCGCUCGUCGCAAAGUAAAAGCGCUUAGACAUUCGUGUCUAGCAUGGAUAGGGAGAUAGAAAAGGACGUCAGCGUCCUAUCAGGACUCUUCACGUUCAUUAUAACAGACCUAAAAGGAAGCACGCCGAUAUGGGAAGACUUCCUCAUGAAAACGGGGAAACUUCACUCGCAACUCAAGGUCACAAUGAGCUGUUUAGGAACAUUUGUCGAAGCAAUGCAGCGAAUUGCAGAUAUGGCCACUUCUGCUCAAGGUGCCACCCGGGAUGUGGGCAAAGCUCUCACUCGGUUAUGCCUAAGACAUCGAGCCUUUGAAAACAGGCUGAAGGCACUGAUCGACGCCCUACAGGAUGCAUUGAUCAUACCUAUGACGGACAAAAUCGAGGACUGGAAAAGAAUCACCACUCAAAUUGAUCGUACGCACAGUAAAGAGUUUAAACGUGCGCGGUCUGAGCUGAAAAAAAAGAAUACGGAUACGCUUCGAUUGCGCAAAAAAGUGAAGCGGGCCAGCGCUGGGGUUGGCCCAGGCGGAGGUCUCGGGGGGAUGGGCGGCGCCGAAUUGGCCCAGAAAUGCCUCAGUAACGCCCUGCAGGGCAUGCACGAUGACUACAUAUUGCUUGAAGAAAACCAACGGCAGGCGGUUAGACGCGCACUCAUUGAGCAGCGCCGUCGAUAUUGUGCCUUUGUUCACUGCAUCAAACCAGUCAUGGACGAGGAAGUACGUCUUUUGGAAGAGGUAUCACAUCUUGAAGAAGUCGUAGAGUCGUUAUGCAAAUUGACCACUAGUCCGGAACGGUUACCCACCGCCUCUGAGCAGGUCAUUGAGGAUGCUAAAAUGGGACACGCACUUAUGAGCGAAAGCAUAUACGGGUACCAUAGCUCAAAGAGUCCCCCGAGCUCUCCUGGAAGUUCACUGGGUUCUCGCAAGUCGUCGAUGUGUUCGAUUUCUUCGGAAUCUAAUUCAGCAGAUAUUUACGGGAACACACAUCGAGCACGUUCGCUCUCUCAGCCGCCGCCAUUACAGGUAUCUCGCUUGUGCAGCGUAUCUAGCCAGGAUUCGGGAUUCAACUCAACACAUGAUGGCAACGGAUUACGUAAAGCCGGCCACCGAAACCUGGAAAACUUAUUCCAACGACAAGGCUCCUCAGACGAGAAUUCUCCGGCAGGCGGAUUAGCCACAGGCAUGAUCUUAUCUGCUAACAACCCUAUAUAUGAUUCUCGGCCUCCUCUAAAACAGCACCAGCAACAGGAAUCGUCUCAAGUAGAACAUGCGGGAAACGUUGGAUCCCAGGGACCACCCUGUUUGCCUCGACGCAAUAAUAGUCUCCCGUCGAAUUCGCUGUUUGAUUCCCGAGACGAUCGCUGUAAGGAGGAAAACGUUGCUGAUGCUGAUGGUGGAAAUAGUACUUCCAUGGGAAUGUCAUGCAUCGAUGCUUGCCGUUCAGAACCGCAAUCACCACAGUUGACGCACAGGGCCCUAUCUGUCACUGGACAGACGCCUCCUUCAUCCGACAAUAAUUAUUCAAAAGCGGCACUCUUUUUAGCGCGCACUCCGUCGCAGCAUAUGAGUACCUUACCAGUUCGUGGGAGAGAUCGCUCCCGUAAAGUUCCUCCUGCACCGCCGAUCCGACGGACGCCGCCCACAUCGACGCUCAACGUGGCGUUCCAGCUUCGCCAACUUGAGGAACAAGGCAGGCUCAAACAGACAGCAAACAUUAGUUCCCACAGUGGAACAUGCACCAUGAGCGGAGGUGAUUCGGCCGCAGGUACAGGCAAGAGUGAAGCAGCGAAGUCACCCGAUCUCCCACUGCCUUCUCCACCUGCCGAACUUCUAUCACCCUCAGAAGAGAACUCUAUAUACGGCAGGAUGAUUAAGAGUUGCCACGCGACACUGGAAAGGCCGACCCGACAUCAAACAUCCGGAACAGCGCAGGCCGUCAUCGGCCAGGGAGGAGCUGGCGGAUACCACCAUUCUCCCGAUCAAAGUUCUACUUAUCAUGACGACCAUAAUGCCUAUUUAGGGGGCAUUUGUUCGCAGAUCACAGAAAAAUUCGGAGGAGCUGAUAGCUCGAACAGUCCCAACUCGAAUAGCUACAACAAUCAUAAUAUAUACGGUACUUUCGGUAAAGGCAAAAGGAACACAUACCGCCGUAUCGAUAGCCAGGAGUCAGAUCAACAGACCAACACUGACGCAUCUGCUGGCAUUAAAGAAGUGAAGGACUCCGCUGGCCCCACUAGUAGACAGGGUAGUAGCGAUAGUGGCACUAAGCUCCAGCUGGCAGGUGCAGCUCAACGCAACAGUAAGAUGUAUAAAUGUGCCUCUUCUGACGAUAUUCUGGGUGCUCGGGCAGGGCCUUGGGCAUCGUCACCAAGCGCCGCGCAGGAGGAAAAUCUGUACGAGCCGCUUAAUAAAGAACUUAAUGAAUCGAUAUACGGUGGAAGCAGCUUCGGAGUGAGCAUUGCCAUAUCAACGAAUGAUACUUACGGAUCAACCAGCCAUCAGCUUGCCGCAUCGGCGAACGGCGCAGGUUCAGGACGACCAGGAGCAGCACCGCCAGCCCCACCGGAACGACGAACACCUCAGCGAAGGGCGCAGUCAUUCAGUAACGAUCUCUAUGGAACCAUUGAGGAUGAUAUCCCACAUACAUCGAGAUCGAAAGUACAGCAGGUCAAAGAGACGUUUGAACACCUGCGACAGGUGUCCGCUAAUGAGCCCCUCUAUGGCAGAGUUUCUCAGUCGCAGUCCACUUCGUCAAGGUGUUCGUCCCCGUCGAACCGUCAGGGAACAUCGCCCUUUCCAAGUAAUAAGCUUUCCAUGUACCAGGGACCCCAGGAAAGUCUUCCUGGGGCUCAGAAUCAGUCGACUUCUCAGCAUCACCAUUCACAGUUCAGCAUCUACGCUACGAAAAAUGAAGUUCUCACGCCUGGAGUGCCGGUGUCGAUCCCGAAAGUUCCAACCGAUCUCUCGAAGAAACGCUUCAUGCAACAGUUGAAUGAAAAGUUGGCGCAAGGUACCAGUCAGGCAAAUCAACAACAACAGUCACAAGCGCUACAGCCAAACAUGUCACAGGGCACUUCCAUUUAUGGGACGCUUCGCAGCUGUAAUACGGCCACGAUCGGUAAAGGGCGACGUUGUAGUUCGGAAAGUCGCAAUAGUCAGAAUGGGUUGCAACAGCAACAACAGCGAGUAUAUGGGUACGUUGGCGGCGCCACGGGAGAAAGCGAGAUUUCACCAGCCACUCACCGCGUGCAGGAGUGGCUUAGUGGAAGACCCCCCAUCAAGGACAUCGGCGAAUGUAAACGAAGCGUGCUAGAUCAGAUCAGGAAAAGCGGUAAGAGCACUCCUGGAGGCCCGCCCCGUCUAUGAGUUGACUUUAUCUCAGGAGCGUCGAGGGCAAACUUUGGCAUGCAUUAUCUUCCCUGAGUUAACGAAAUCGAUUCUCCACAACGAGUUGGGUGAUUCACACACAGAAGGGAGGUGUGCUUUCAGCUAUGUUUUUCCUUGUUUUCGGAGAUGUCGGCCCGCGAGGACUCCGACGUCUACCCCGUACUCAGUGGUCAAGUUCAAGGGCCGUCGCAGGCCCGGUAUUAUCUGCAAUAAAAACUUCUCACCUCGCUGUCGUUUAUUCGAAACGAUUCGAUAUCACAGGGUGCAGUCGCGCUAUACGUCGCUGCAGCUUCCCUACUGGAAGACAUUCAUGUGAUUUUUAGUUGUAGUAUGGCACAAUAUGAAGUGGUGAGGAACGAUGGAGUACUCGAAGGAGUGUAACCGCACAGAACAAUAACCGAGACCCACUACCGACAAUAACGCUUACGAUGCAUCCUUAGACCUGUAGAAACAGACGGCGGCAAAAUGAUUUCGUGAUAUGUUUGACGUUCAUGUACGAGUUGAUGAAUCCGUGCCAAGAAGUUCUAUCCGAUUCACAAGUAUCUGUUAGGAAUCAUUUUUGAUUGACACGUUCAGACGGCAGGAAAUUGAUAUUGUUUUGUGGGAAUUGAGUAAGCAUACAGAUAUAUGUGGCUUGGCAGGCGAAAAUACCCGCAAGAAAAGAUUCAAUAUCUUCUUGUCUGCUCUAAUUGGUAAAGGAGAAGCCUGCUCUCGCCUUGUCGCUUUAACCCGAAAAGUUUUCAUAGCCGAUCCGGCUUGACAGAGAUGGGCCUCGUUUUUAGCUGAAACGAAAAAAAAAACAAUCCAGAACGGCCUAGUUACCAUUCAGGGUCGAAUGGACAAAUUAGAAUCAGUAUGAACUUCUGAGCAUGCAUAUCAGCAAAAUGAAAAAAUCUUUAUUAGUAGUGAUUAGUUGUAUAAGCCACCUGCGUAUUUUGCUAUCCCUCUGUGUGUAAUUGUGUUUUUGUUUGGAUGAGCAGUUUGCUAGCAUAUCCGACGGGGCCAUCUAUUUUCAAAAUGAAGAUACUGCCAGCCAUAGCAGAAUCUAACGCUGGCGUUGCAUCAACUGAUACCGGCCAAUCAUAUUUCGUUCUUAUCCGCAUCCACAACAAUGUCGAUCAAGAGCAGGACAUUGUCAGUUUGCAUAUUCUACUUCUAUUGAUCUAAUAUAAUUUGCCCCCGGAAUAACAGCGCACGGCCAUUUUCUGCUGCUGCUGCUGCUGCUGCUGCCCACGAGCUAGCUGCUGCGAUCAGCCUAUACGCCGUUAUUCGAGCGAAUAAAGCGAAGAAGACACCGAGCUCGCCAUUUGCCUAUUGCGGAUCACUAUUGCCUUCGGUGAAUCAGUCAGUGAAUUUUCCGUGUACGUAGUUGCAAUAGGAAGGAGACGCGAUGGCAGUGUAGUUCGUCCCUACUAUUGUAACUCAUAUAUAGCCCUGUGACUCGUGUAGGUUUAUUUUAAACCGCCCCUGCAUAGACGCCCCCGCUCGAGUGUACGAGCAUGAGCCGCAUGAACGGUGGAUAUCUGGGACUCAAGAGCCAGGGGAGCUAAUAAACGAAUACGUAAGCGUAGACUUACCUGCAGUCUGACAGAAUUAAAUCGAUGGGUUAGUAAUCGCGCAAAGAAAGACCAAUGUCAAAAUACACCACACUAGGUCUAUUAUUACUGUAUCGGUUAGGGCAAGCACACGAGCCCAUAACUGUGACUUACGUAUGUAUUAUAUAUAUAUAUAUAUAUAUAUAUAUAUAUAUAUAUAUAUAUAUAUAUAUAUAUAUAAACCAUAAUGGCCAAAAGCGACUAUUUAAUAAUAACAGUAAGAGUAUUAUUACUAGUAAACACUUGGAGAUAAUCUGGAAACAAAAUAUAUAAUGGUAAAUAUAUCUAUACACAGGCACAGCGUUGACAUGAUAGAUAAGCUUGGAUUAUACGGCGGAGUAAACACAUGCUAAUUCGCGGGGUUGGCUAAUCUUCUCCAUGAAAAAUUGUUUGUGACCCGGUCGGGUGUCCUCGAAAAGCUAAACUGAACCUUCGCCAACAAUGUGAAAGCACAGAAAAAGUCACGCCAGCUCGAAUUGAGGGCUCGCCAAACAUCCUUAAGUAGAGUAAAAACGAAAAUGGUAGAAGCAAUAAAAAGUAGAAAGUCUGACUCAAUAGAACUAAUAUAUAAUUUCAAAAUAAACUACGAUUAUGAGUCAUUGUUUUGUUUUUCGAGCGGGCGAGCUGUUAGCGAAGCUCAGCUCCGCCAGCUUCGAUUCCGAUGGGUUUAUCCCACUCGCUUUUGAGUUAUUACAUCUACUAUAUGAUUAAAUUUUUCUGUUUUUCCUCGUUUGUUUAUGUCCCUGCUGCGGAACAAGACGUCACGUAUAAACUACCGUGUGUAAUUUCUAUGUGCAAUUAGUAACUAAUAACAAACAAAGUAUCAAAUGGACAAAUCAUGUUGCAAUCGAUUAAACAAAAUUGCGCUCGUGGUAAAUUAUCUGUGUAGUUCGUUGGCGAUGAACGACGACGCUCGUGAAUACUGUAUAGCGAUCGGUGUGAAAAAUUCAACAGUAAAUAUAGUAUGGAUGGAUGGUCAAGGGAUAUGGGACUAC